UGCCGCAGUCAGUUAGCGUUCCCUCCCACUGAGCACUGUCCGCCUCUCCGGCACCCUGUCUGCUGAAACCGCCGUCAUAUUUGUUGCUACAAGCCGCGUCGACCGCGGCAGGAUAGACCCCAUCAUGACGAGGACCGGGGCUAUCGCAGUAUUUAAAAUAGGCUUGACUUUCUAAAAAGUGGUGACCAGUUUUUUUUAUAAGUGUAUUUGAAAUAUUCGGGAUGGUACCGUUAAGCUUUUUUGUGCGAGUUUUGGUUUCCGACACCGUGGUCCGCAAGGGGGAUCUAUGCCCAACUUCUCUUAAUAGCCAUUUUUUGCAGACAAAGAGAGCUGUUGAGUAAAGCUUUCAGGAGGCUCACGGGUGGCUCCUGUUCAUGAAGAAAGUGGGCAACAUGUGGAGCAACCUGAAGAGCAGAUGCCAAACACUCUUUCACAGCUCAGGACCCAGUGAAAGCAGGGUUGAGGCGGAUGCCGUCCACUGUGUCGUGGAUCUUGGUGAAGGAAACAGCCUAGCGGAGGCUCCAGGACCAAGAGCCUCCAGCCCGUCGUGGGGCUUCCUACCAGUGCCAGUGGUAUCUACAGGACGCCGUCAUCACAACUGUGUGUCAGACAUCCCCCAGAUCGUAGAGAUCACUGUUGACAAGGAGACUGAGGAUGCACGAGGGGGUACAGGGAGUAUUCCCCUGGCACGAAGAGACUCCUAUUCUCGUCAUGCCCCAUGGGGGGGCAAGAAAAAGCACUCGUGCUCCACCAAAACCCAGAGCUCUUUGGAGACAGAGAGGCGUUCUGGGCGCUUAAGAGGAAGUGGGAACCGUAGGGACAGACGUUACGGAAUCAGCUCCAUCCAGGAGAUAAACGAUUCUGUCGGCGGGGGACGCAGUCUGAACACCCGGUCUUUGCGCCAGAGGCUGAGUGACACGGUUGGGUUGUGCUUACCUUUACCUGCACGCAGAUGCUCGCGUUCUUCUAAGAACCCUGUUGCCUCCAAAAGGAAGAUUCACCUGACAGAGCUCAUGCUGGAGACCUGUCCCUUCCCUCCAGGCUCCGACCUUGCUCACAAGUGGCACUUGAUCAAACAGCACACGGCACCAGUCAGUCCACAUUCUUCCACCACCCUUCUGGAUGCUUUUGAUCCCACCCACCCUUCACCCGAGGAUGAGGAGGAACGUCUGCGUGAGCGGCGUAGGCUCAGCAUCGAGGAAGGUGUGGACCCACCACCUAAUGCACAAAUUCACACCUUGGAGGCCUCAGUGCCAGGCUCCUCUCUCUACAAACUGGGACCAAAGAUGACUCCUGGCAUGGGGGAGGCCUCUGGGGAAGGCCGGGCCAAUGGGGCUGGCAAUUCUCUGGGUGCUGCAUCAUCAGGGACCUGCGGGCAGGUGCUGGGUGCUACAGCGUCAGCCCAGGACUGUGACUCUGAGGAGGACUCGACCACCUUAUGUCUACAAGCCAGGCGACCCAAGCAGAGGCAUGCUUCUGGGGAAGGUCACCCGAGUCGACAGCAACACGGGCCUUGGAAGGUUCACACCCAGAUAGACUACAUCCACUGUCUGGUGCCAGAUCUGCUCCCAAUUACAACUCUACCCUGUUACUGGGGCGUCAUGGACCGCUAUGAGGCUGAGGCCCUGCUGGACGGCAGGCCAGAGGGCACCUUCUUGCUGCGCGACUCAGCCCAGGAAGACUACCUCUUCUCUGUUAGCUUCCGCCGUUACAAUAGAUCCUUGCACGCACGCAUAGAGCAGUGGAAUCACAACUUCAGCUUUGAUGCUCAUGACCCCUGCGUUUUCCAUUCUUCCACUGUUACAGGACUGCUGGAGCACUACAAGGACCCCAGCGCUUGCAUGUUCUUUGAGCCGCUGCUUACUGCACCCCUCAAUCGGACCUUUCCCUUUUCUCUGCAGCACUUGGCACGAGCUGCCAUCUGCUGUUGGACCACUUAUGAUGGUAUAGGCUCUCUGCCUCUGCCCCCUGCCCUUCAGGACUUCCUCAAGGAGUAUCACUAUAAACAGAAAGUACGAGUUCGAUGGCUAGAGAGGGAACCUCCGCCCAAGGUUAAAUAGGGUGGACUUCUCCAUAGCCGCAGGAGGAUUACUGGACUUUACAAAUUCCUCAGUUUCCAAUUAGUCUGAUCUGACAUGGAUUUGUUUCUGGUGGGGUUUGGAAUUAGUUAUAACAAACUAUACAACUUUAAUUCUAAUCUUUUGUUUUGGUUAUUACUUACAUCACAGAAAUACAUAUUAUCUUCAGUGUGACACUGUCUGGCAAGCAUGUUUUCAGGUUGUUUUGACAAAGAGGAAAGUCACAAGUGUGAGCACUUGGUGUCUCUUCUCUCCUGUUUCGGGCUAAACUUCUGCCUGAUCCCACCCUUCCACCCUGCUUGUAGACCUGCCUGCAUGCUUCCACUGUUCAUACCAAAUUGCUUUUUGCCAACACAAGGCUAUGUUGUACAGCUGACUCUUUGCUUGCUUGCUUUCCCCCCCCCCAGCCCAUUACCUUAAUUUUUUAAGUACGUAGUUGAGCACCUUUCCAUGACGAGAUGUGUGUGGGUUGAGAGGGCAUCUGUACGUCUUCUGAAGUCACAGUGGUUUCAUUGAUGGUGCUGCAUGAGACACAUUCAUGACCGUUUCAAUCAUACAUGUGCACAAGGAAAGCAUGUUAGGGGGUUUGUCGGGUGAAGGACAGCACAUGUGGGAAAUAAAGGGCUUUACAUUAGCCAGUCCCCCUUUAGCAGCCAUGAGAAUUUUUUAAAUUAUAUCUUAGGCAAGUGUAUUCUGACAGUUCAUGUUUCACAAAAGUCUUUCUGUGAACAGCCACAGGCAGUAAAUGUGUAUGUGGGCUGUUCAUCAUGCCAUGACUUUUUUUUUUAAAGCUUUUUCCAUAUGAAAUGUGGGUUAAAACUGCUGCAACGUUUUAAAUAUGGUGGUUGAAGUUUUGUGCUCGACACUGUGAGCUGUGAGAAAGGCCACUGCUGUUAACAAAGACAUUGUAGCCUUGGUGACCAGUUCCCUCAAAUUCUAUCUAAAAGACAUUCCCUUUGCUGGAGUUAAACUGGUCAUCUGAAAGUUGAAAAUGCAGACCUUUAUUUGGGAAUCUUCAUUGCAAUAGACAGCAGAGGUGGUCCUGUGAUAGCUGGCACUGCGGCGUUGGCACCUAAUCCUUUGAUUCCCCUUUGAUAGUGGGAUGGAGUGUCUUUCUGCUCUUUGCCAGGGCCCAUUUGGAAGUCUGACAGGAUGCGUCUGCUUUGAAUCCCAUUUGGUUUGAGACAAAAUCAGAACAGGAUGGCCCGUUUCUGCCAUCUCUUCCAAGGUAGAUCUAAAACAGCAGCCAAUCUGUUAGGUUCCAGUCCAUGCUUCUCUUGUUUUGUGGUCAUCCGCUUCAUAGUCCAAACCAGCUGUAGGAUUGUUUCAACAUCCAGCUGAAAACAAAAAAGGUGCAUGAGCUGUAGGCUCACAAACUUAUGGUGCACAUUUAAAGCUGCAAUUAAAGUGGUGCUAUGUUGAAAUAAGACCUGAUCAUUGAAGUAGGCUGCACAUUAGCUCCAUCUAUUCCCUCACUAAUGCAUGCAUUAGUCUCUGUGGAGAACUUUUAACGUGUUUGUAGGUUAGUAGGUGGCCAUGCUGCUGUAGGCAUAAUGUCCAGCUCACAUGCAGGGGAUCUUUCCAGCAACUUGACACAUGGCUGUAACAAGAGGCCUAGAAGAUUCCUCUGAUGACAAAGCCCAGCCUGAUGUAGAACUGGUCGAUGGGUAGAAGAGUUGGAUUUUGGAGUCGGUUAGGGGAAAUAAAUAGUUAAACACAAGUAGAAUGACAUGGAUACAGAGUAGUUUUCCUAAUAAUACACAUGAAGUUACCAAAAACAAAUCUGUUUUGUCGCAAUUAAACCUAUUUCUACUUAUCCAGUAAAAUCUCCUAUUUUCCCCAAAAGUCUUUUGACCACACAUGUAACUGUAAAGCCAUUUGGCUUCAGUCGUGUCAGACUCCUGCAGCUUUUGCUUACCUUAAAAUCCCAAAACGAGUAAAAAGAUCCAACCAUCACGUCCCAAACAGGUUUUCAAAUGCAUGCAUGCACAUUAUUCACCGGCUCAUGCCAUAGCUCCAUCAAUCAGUCACAAGGCAUCUUUGUCAUGCUGAGACAUGCACUCACUGGGUACUCUGGUUGCCCCUUUGUCCACUGAGCAACCGUCUCUAUGACCUGCUCUGUUCACAUGUGCCCACAUCCCUGACAUCCUUGUAAAGCGGCGGUGACUUUUGGCUGCCAUGAAACGUCUAGCCCGUUUGCCCUGCACUCGCAGAGCUGCAGCCAGACCAUCAGGAGUUGUUGGCCUGGCAGCAGCACGCUCAAAGGCAGCGAGGGCUUUCAUGAGGAAAAAGAAAAAAAGCACUUUAAUUGUGUCUCUGUUCUACAGGUGCAGACUGAAAGUAUGGGGACUGUGGGGUGUUUGUUGUUGUUGUUGUUGUUGUUGUUUGCCCUAUACUCCAGCCUAUUGAGCAGAAGUCUUUAGGCAAACUGUAGUCAUGCCGGGUUCAGCAUGUGACGUUUGCCUUCAAAGAGAGCUUCUUAAUGUUACGCUGGAACGGCGGCAUCUGGAAACGGCCGACUGUCCGCAUACUUGACAGCCUCGGGUGUUUGUCACGCGUUACCAAAAGCAAAGAGAAAUGCCAGCCGCUUAGAAUGAGUCUUCUCUUUAGGUGCUGUAGGCCGCGUGGAUGGAGGUUUCUCAAUCUCGCUGCAGACGCCGUGCAUGUUUGUGUUAGCAUAUGGAUAGAGCCACGUGGGGGGGAGGGGGUUCCUAUGGGAGGGGGAGCAGAGUCUAGUGUGAGGGGUGAGGACAGUGACUCCAAUGAACAAUGCCUCUCUGCCCCCCGUACCAUCCCCACUUAUUCUCAGGCAGGCUCGUUGCAAAGGAGGGUCGGCAGACCCUCGUGACCCUCUGUUCCCCAUGGGAAAUAUCUGACAUUAACAGUAGUAGCACAUGUUUGCCAUAUAACCUGUAGAUUUAGACAAAAUACACAUUGUAUGUAUGACGUAUGUUGGAUUUAUGUUCUAGCUCGACGAAAGGACUUUACUCUCUCGUGAUGCAUAAACUGUCAUUUUUGCACACACUAUCAGCUCUUCUUCUGACACCUGCACUACCCUGAAGAUUUACACCCCACCACACACACUAAGCCAGGAUGUUGGACCCCCUUCAGCCAGCGCCGCCCGCCUGUCUUUGUGAUUUUCGCCUCAAGAACAGGAAGAGUUUCUAUUUUGUUGAGAAAGGCCAUUUCGCUGUCAUCAGUACCACAUUGUUCCGCUGCACUAUUGGAGCCUGGGUUGUGGCAGGAAACCACUGGGUCUGGAUGAAGACUGCCUGAAAAUGUCGGCUGUCCUGUUUAAAGCAUCCUCAACCCCCCCACCACCCCUUAUCUCUCUGGUACGACCUUUUGUUUCAGAUCUUUAAGAGAGAAAAAAACGAUUUUUUUUUUCAAGUUCCCAUAUAUAUUUUAAAAGCUGGGUUGAGUGCUAUAUGCAAACAGAAAAAUAUGUGUGAAAGUUCAUUCUUACUUCUCCCUAAUACGCAACGGAGUGUAGUUGAACGAUUGUUGCAAUCCUGUCACUUUAAUGCUUUAUGUGCACACCAGUUGCUGUGGAUGUGGGUGCCGAGGCAACGGGACUUGACAUUGACGGGAACUGAUGGUCGUCGAUCUGCAAUAUUGCAGUGUUCCUAGAGCGCCAUACACGUUCAGGCCCACCACAAAGGGCCUGUAACGGGAGGUGUGUUUUUUGGGGGGGUGGGCUCAGGCUGACCGUGCUGUCGUCAGGCGGAUAUCACUGUUCUGGUUUUCCUCAGCUUCUCCUGAUGUGUUUCCUCUCUUCCUCUUCUUCUGCUGUCAGAUUAGACUGGGCACGUGUAAAUGGCAUUAUCAUGUUCAUGUUUCUCUCUCUAUUCUGUGUAUCUGUUAAAUCAAUCAAAAGAGAGGACAAAAAAACCCUGUUUUCCAACAUAACCUGUUCAUUUUUAAGAGUCGUAUCAUGCAACACUUGUAGCUCACUCUUGGUGCUUGGCUUAUGCUUCAUUGUCUUAAUAUUCCAAAUAAAAUUCUUUUAAGUGUAACCUC